GAGGGGCAGAGGGAACUUGUUCUCCGUCUCUGGCUCCCAUCCAGCAGAGCGCCUCCUUCGCUUCCUGUUCUGUUUUCCUACAUUCCAGACAAGCAGCGAUACACAGACCUUUGUGGAAUAAUCCUAAGACCCCCUCAGACUUUUACAGGAGUGACAUGGCUUCUGAGGGAGCAAGGUUACGUCGCCUCUUUGCCUGGUUUGACCCUGAAAGUGUUGCGGUGCUCACCAUCCUGUUGGGGCUGUUCCAGGUGCUGUUCUCUGCCCCGUUUGCUUACAUUGACCAAAGUCUUCCAAAACUCUUCAUACUGCCACUAGUCUUAGGAAUUGUGGUUAUGGCAGGGGGGUCCUUCACAAUGGCCAAUGAAAAGAACCCUAGCAGACGACUACUUCAAGGUUGUGUCUGCAGCAAUGUGGUUGGUCUGUUGGGGACGUUGCUUGCUUUCGGCCUGUAUUACUACACCCUCCACACAUCACACAGAGGAGUCACAUGCUCGGAUGGCUACUCGGGGGUUUGCCUCCCACAACUACUGGCAGACUACUCCUGGAGUGUGACGCUGCUGCUGCUGCUCUUUGACACCGGUGCUGUGGUCAUGCACUGUCUCCUCUCUAUCUCCGCCUUCAAAACACUGAAGACAAACUAAGACACACAAACCAAAACCAUUGUAGUAGUCAUUCUACUUUGGUGUCCUGAGCUUGAUUCCUGGUGUAAGAAAACUUAAUCUGACUUUUCCUUUACUGACAAGUCAGAAUAUCUACUGAUCCCACCCUCUGUACAAACAACUACUAUCACUAUAUCUUAUGUUUUGUAACCACUGUAUAACAAAGACCCUCAUUAAUAAAUGUGAUUACUGGUUGUUACUGUAUUAUGUGGUCUUCACAGGUUUUACCUCUUUGUGAAUGGUAGCUUGGUUGUACUAAAGUUAUCAUCCAAUUUUCUGUUGAGCCCCUGGUGAUGGGGAGGCAUUAGCCACGAGUUUGUAAGUGCAUGCAUUGUACACACUGUUCCCUUUCCCCAGCUUCCAGUCUGCUUUCAGUAGACAGAUGGCCUCACUGUUAGUCUUCAAACUUUUUUUGAUAAAACCUUUAGUCAGGGCUAAAUCAUGUGACCCUAACCCAUACAUUAGUUAUGCUGUUACAUAUUUUAAUUUUCAAUCUUUCCUGACUUAUAUUAAA